ACAAAAAAAUGGAUUCAAACUCAGACAUUUUGACUCAAAAGAAAAUUACAAGUCUGGCUUUAAUAGAAAAUGGAAUUAUUAAUUUAAAUGGAUUUGAAAUAUCAAAAGUAUCGGUGACUGUUAAUAUUAAUUUGAUUUCUAAAAGGAAGAAAAAUAGAGAUACCAAAAUUUGUGCAAAAACUAUCGAGGCAACUGUAGGUGUUUGUUUUUUGUUAAUUUUUAUUUAA